AUGGCUUCUUCUCACGAUGAGAAUGAGGACAUAUUUGAUGAUGAGAUGGCAGGAGAAGAAGCUUCAGAACCGCCUCCUGUGAACAAAAGAAAAAACAGUGGGAAAUCAAGUUCUUCUGUACCACCAAAACCAAGGAAAAGGAUUGCUCAUAGAGCAGAGGUAUGGAAAUUAUUUCUUCAUAACCGUCCUGAUGAUCCGAUGUGCUUUUGCCGUUCCUGUGAUGUAGAGAUAGCUUGUGAUUCAAAAGUGAAUGGAACAAGUGCUAUGAAAAGUCACAUAGCACAUUGCAAGUUGUAUAAGGCUUCUCAAGAGAGUGGUACUCAACAAGUGUUGAGAGCAGACAGUAGUGGUGUAGUAACGGCUCUUAGGUUUGAUAAAGGAAUUUUUAGGAGAUCGGUGAAUGAGAUGAUUGUACUUAAUGAGCUGCCGUUUUCUUUUGUGGAAUCAGAGGGCUUUAGGCGUUUUUGUCACAAUGUUAUUCCUAUGUACACGGUUCAUUGUAGAAAGACAGCUACGGAAGACAUUUUUAAAAUGUUUUUGCAAGAGAAAGCUUCGUUGAAGAAGUUGUUUAGCUGUGAUAAGAAGAGAGUGUCGCUCACAACAGAUAUAUGGGUUGCUCCAACUACCUCCAUUAGUUAUAUGGUUGUGACAUCUCACUGGAUUGACGUAAACUGGGAUUUGCAGAAAAGGAUCCUCAGCUUUAAGCCUAUCACAGAUCAUAAAGGAGAUACAAUUUCUGCACAUCUCAUAUCUUGCUUAGAAGAAUGGGGAAUUGAGAAAGUCUUCACAGUCACAGUUGAUAAUGCUAAGGGAAAUGACAAGGCGCUGAAGGUAUUCACGGAUUGUUUAAGGCUGAAGGGAGAUAAAGCUUUAGUUAAAGAUGGUGCAUAUUUGCAUAUGCGUUGCUGUGCUCACAUCUUAAACUUGAUUGUCAGAGAUGGUUUAGCACAUGUGAGACAGAGUAUAAUAGCUAUACGCAAUGGAGUGAAGUAUGUGAGGUCAUCACCUGAUAGAUUGAAAACCUUUGAAAUAAGGUUAGAUGCAGGAAAGGUUUCUCGAGACAGCUUGUCCAUGGAUUGCAUCACACGCUGGAACUCUACAUAUCUUAUGUUGACAGCUGCAAUCAAGCUAAGAGUUGGUUUUGAGAACAUGAGGGCAAAUGAAAUUCCUUAUAAUAAAUACUUUGAAGAAGAGGAAGAGAAUGGAGAGGAACGGGUUGGACCACCAACUGAAUCUAGUUGGGAUGAAGUGGAGAGGUUUGUGAAGUUCCUGAGAAUCUUUUUCAAUUCUACUUUGCGGUUUUCAGCAUCUAAGACAGUAACUUCUACCAUAUGUUACGAAGAGGUUGUCAACAUUGAAAGAAAUCUGAUCCUUUUAAGUAACAACAAAGAUGUACAAGUAAGGCAGGAAGCAACGACUAUGAGACUGAAGUUUGAGAAGUAUUGGGAUGGUCUUAUAAAUAUGAAUCCACUAGUUAUUAUUGCUUGUGUUUUUGAUCCAAGGAACAAAAUGAGGUUUGCUACACGCUGCUUUGACAGCCUUUAUGGUAAAGAUAGUUUUGAAAGUAAACUUCUUAAAACCUCUAUUAAGAAGGUUAUGCGUGAUCUGUAUGAGGAGUAUGUAUUGGAAAACAAACAUCUUCACGGUGAAGAAGCUGUUGUAAAUGGAAGUGAGAAUGCUGAAGAGCCAAGUGUUGCUUUUGAUUUAUCAGAUGAUGAGUAUGAGAGGAUGGAUUCCUUGUAUUCUGAUAUGGAUGAUGAGGAUGACAAUGAGGAAGUAAGCAGUGAGUUAGACAUAUAUUUGAUGGAAAAACAGGAGCCUCGAGAUAAAAAAAACAGUUUAGGAUUGAAUUAUAAUGUUUUAUCAUGGUGGAAGCGUAACAGUGCUAAGUAUCUUAUCUUAUCGGAGCUAGCUAAGGACGUCCUUGCUAUUCAAGUUUCUUCUGUGGCUUCUGAAUCAGCAUUUAGCACUAGUGGUAGAAUAUUGGAUCCUUACAGAAGUUGUUUGUCACCUCACAUGGUUGAAUCUUUGAUAUGUUCACAACAAUGGCUGCGAAAUUCCAUACAUUCUGAGGCAAAACUUGCUUCCUUAGCGCAAAUGCUUGAAGAACUUGAUUUCCAUGAAUCAUUAGAGAAAGCAACAGAGACGUAG